AUGGCCAAGGAAUCCUCGGUCAAGUUCACCUCGUUAGGGGCGAUCAUCCAGGACCUCACCAUAGACGGUCAGAACAUCGUCCUGGGAUUCUCCAGGAAGGAGGACUAUGAGAAAUACAACGCCCCCUGGUUCGGCGCAACGAUCGGUCGCGUAGCGAAUCGUAUCAAAGACGGCAAGAUUAACCAUCUCAACAACAGGGAAUACGAACUCGAAAAAAACAAUGGACCCAAUGCAUUGCAUGGGGGUAGUAUGGGAUGGGGACGACGCGACUUUGAAGGACCGAUCUUGAUACAGCGCAACGGUCAAGAUGCCUUGCUAUUUACCUACAGAAGCGAGCACCUCGAAGCUGGAUACCCCGGUACAGUUGAUUUGAAAGUCUUCUAUACGACAGGCAAGGAGGUGGAAGGGAACGUCACUCGCACGGUGCUUACUAUGGAGUACGAAGCGGAAUUGGUAGGGGACGAGUGCGAGGAGACGGUUGUCAAUGUGACCAAUCAUAGCUAUUUUAACCUAAGUGGCGACGAGACUGUGCAAGGAACCUCGGCAAAACUCUCAACCCAGGACUACCUUCCUCUGGACAGCACCGGCAUCCCGUCUGGCACGAUCCAACCGUACCCUCGCAGAGUAACCGAACCCUUCGCCAUCGGACCGAACGAACCCCCCUUUGAUGAUGUUUUCGUCAUGGACCGUGAUGUCUCCGGGAUUCGUCUGGACACUCGCGAGCAGCCACUCCGACUUCUGGCCGAAUUCCAUCACCCGGGAUCGCAGAUGAAUCUGCUGGUUCACAGUACCGAGCCGGCGUUCCAGUUCUACACCGGCCAUGGCAACGAUGUCCCUGCAGUGGGAGGGAACCCUAGACGGGGACGGUUCUCAGGUUUUUGCAUCGAACCCAGUCGCUUUGUCAAUGCGAUCAACGAGCCUGAUUGGCGCCAUAUGGUUGUGCUGAAAAAGGGACAGAGAUAUGGAAGCAAGAUCGUGUACAAGGCCUGGAAAAGUCCGCAGUAG